AUGCACAGUAAUAUUAAUAGUAAUAGCAAUGGCAAUAGCAAUAUACUACCAAUUGGUUAUAAUCGAAAUCAUUCAACCGAAUCUAUCAGUAAUCACAGUAUAUCAAGUAAUAAUUCUAGUUUUUAUUCAAAAGGUGGUAUUUAUUAUUUUCCGAAUGGUGAAGUGUUUAGACCAAGAACAACUCCAACAUCAAAGAGAAAGAAUAGACCAAAUAAGAUUUCAACUGAUCUUAAAAAUGACAAUUCAAAUUCAGCAUCACCAAUCUAUCAACAGGAACUACAUACAUCAGGUUCAGCUAGCUCAUUAACUCAGCUAAGAUCAAACAGUUAUAGUAGAAAACAAAGUUUGACCAAAAGCAUAAGAAGUAGUUUCAAUGAUACACCUACUAAUAUAACAAUACAAGAACAAGAACAAGAUCGUCAACACCCAAAUAACUCUACUUCAUUUGUUUUCAAAUCACAAAAUACUACAAAUAAUGAUCAUCAACACCCAAAUAAUUCAACUUCUUUUGUUUUCAAAUCACAAAAUACUACAAAUAGUGAACAUCUUUCAAAUUCAACUUCAACUUCAUCCUCAAAUUCUUCAUCAUUAUCAUCUAAGUCAUCUAAUAAUCAUAAUAAUUUAGAAGUAACAACCAGCAAUACCCCUUCAACUUCUAUUGGUGAUGAACAUAACAAUAAUUUUCCCCAUACCGUUAAUAAGACACACGAGUCACACCAUAUUUUGAUUAAUGAUAGAAAUAGUAGAGAGUCGAAUUUGUCAUUGGAAGAUACUACUGAUGAUACUGGUUUGAGUACAUUGAACGAAGCAACAGAAGAAACUUUUAAAUUGACUAAUAAUAAAUUGGAUUCAAUUUUGCCUAUACAAAAUACUGAAGAUGUAAAUGCAAAUGAAUCAAGAAAUAGUUUCAAAUCACCAGUAAUACAUGAACAAGUAGAAAUUUCAAAUGAAAACGUUGAACCUAUAGUAGAGACAAAGGAAGAUGUUGAACAAAGUAAUGAGUUAGUAGAAUCACAUUCAGGUUUAAAUGAGGAUUUAUCAAAAGAAUAUUCAGACACUUCAAAUUCUUCUGAUUAUGAACAACCUCCAACGAAACCAAUUUUGAAGCAAAUCUUAUCAUCUUCUUCAACUGAUGAUUACAAAACACCAAUAAAAACACCAGUUGAUCAACAAUCAUUUAAAGAAGAAGAUAUAACACCUAUUCAACAAAUCAAAUCAACGUCCCAAGAAGAUAUAACACCAAUACAACAAAUUAAAUCAAAAUCACAUGAAAUUAUAACUCCAGUUCAGCAAAUCAAAUUAUCUAAAGAGAAUGUAACUCCAAUUCAUCAAAUUAAAUCAUCAUCUACUGAAAAUGUAAACAUAAAUGGCGGCUCAUUUGUUUAUGAAGAACCAAAUAAUUCAUUACCUGACCCAACAAUUUCAUUAGUUGAAUCAUAUUUGCAAGAUUCUCCUGAACUGCAAGUUAUAAAAAACUCAGCUUCAAGUACUCCAAAAAUUAAAUCUACUAAUUUUAGACAUUUAUUUAUAACAUAUUCAAAUCCAACAACCCCUAAAGAUCGUAAUUCAAAUUAUUUUUAUGAUUAUAAUAUUUCAUCAAAAUUUAAUAAAUUUAUAAAUGAUGAUCAGAAAAAUGUACCUCCAAGAGGUGAUGUGGUGGUAAUUGACAAUGGUAAUAAAAUUAGAAAACAUUACAGAAAUGCAUCAUCAACCUCUUCAGCUACGUUUAUUAUGGAACAGCCAAAAUUACAACAACCAACUUCUGCAUCAGCUCCAAACACUCCGAAAUUAGAAAUUGAUACAAAGGACUCAACACCCUUCCAGUUAUCAUCAAAUUCAAUUCCGAAUACUACAAAGUUCACUGAUACUCCACCUGAUACUCCACCUGUAUUACCACCAAAAUCUCCAAAUAUGAAAGUUAAAGGUAGAAGUAGGAAGAAAAAAUCGUCAAAACAAGUAAAAUCCUUAUUGUUAGAUGAAUCAGAUACUAAGAAUGACGAAGAGAAGAAUAAGGAAAUACUAAAACAACCACCACCACUCAUUAGUCUGUCACCGAAACCUCAGUCUCCUAUUAAAUCAGUCACUAGAUCUUUUGAAAAAAAAAUAUCUUCUCCAAAACCUCAAUCACCUGUUAAAUCACAACCUAACUCACAAUCUUCUCAAAAAUCAUCUCCAGCUGUAACAAAUCAUCAACAGCCUAGAAAAUUAUCAUUACCAAAAUCUACAUCAAUAAACUUUUCAUCAAUUAAAUCAUUUUUCAAAAAACAUAAAAAACAGAAAGAAAUUCCAAUUCAAACUCCAGUGAUAAUCGAGGACAAAAGAUCAUCUAUAAUAAGUGAAGUAGGGAGAUUACCAGAAUUUGAGCCUGAAAAAACUGGAUUUCUUGAUGAGUUAAUGAUCUCAUUUGAUGGAAUUGAAAAGUUUGAAAAUAAUUUAACUCCAACUAAAAAACCACCACCAACUAUAGAAAUUUCAACUGAUAUUCGUUUUCAGCCAUUUUUGAAAGAUGAUGAAUUGACAAAAGAUCAAAUCAAAGAUCAACAAUUACGAGAUUCAAAAAAUUCAAGUAAUGAAGAAAUAAAUAAUGAGAAUAAUGAUGUUUUACAAAAUUAUUAUCAAAUUGUGAAUAAUAUUGAUAAUGUGGGUGUUUCUCCAAUAAGCGAAACCUUUAAAAAUGAAGAGGAGAGAAAUCAAGAAGGGAACAUUAGAAUAGAUAAUGCACAAUUGGAAGAAUUGGUUAAUUUAUCAGCUGAAGAAUUAAAAGAUUUACCACCUCAUUUAAAAUAUGUUAAACAAUUUAAAGAUUAUAAAUCAAUUAACGUGAGGUUAAAAAAAUUUGAAGAUUUGUCUAAUGUGGAAUUGAAUGUGAACGAGAUAAAGUUGGGACCAAUUCUUAAAAAAGGUAAUGAUUUGAAGCAGGAACGUAAGAGGGUGUUUUUUGCUAAUAAGAUUAGUAUUAAUGAAACGUUUAGUUCAGAUUUGUAUAAACGUUAUAAUAAAGCCGUUACUCAAUAUUCAUUAAAUGAUCCAAAAGAGAUAAAUAAGAUAAAGAAUGAAGUUAAUUUAUAUAAAUGUAAUGAGAUGCUAGUUCAUGAAAGUUCUCAGAAUAACACCCAUUUUUAUUAUUAG